AAAGUAAAGGGCCAAUGAGGGAGAGACUGUCCAAAUAUACACUUGACCUUCCAAACCCUAGAACAAAAUUCCACAUCUUAAGUAAACAAUCGGGAAAUCAAUCAAAAUGGGUUAUGUUUGGAACCGAGUUGAUCCAGAUGAACUGAAGCCAGGAGACCACAUUUACACUUGGAGAGCUGCAUUCACUUAUGCCCACCAUGGUAUUUAUGUUGGCGGAAACAAGGUGAUCCAUUUCACCAGUGAUCAAGAAAAUGCUAAGUCUGAUGUUGGAAUUGGACGGAAUGCAAAGUCUGAUGUUGGAAUUGGAUGGAACUUGUCUUCUAGUCUUCCGAUUCCAUCUUCAUGUUUGAACUCUUCAUCAUUAAACUCUUCAUGUUUGAACCCUAUUGACUGUGGAUUCCCUCAACAUAAUUGCGAUUCCGGUUCAUGUUUAUGCACUUACGACUGUGGUUUUCAUCAACCAGAGAGUGGAGUAACCCUCUCAUGUUUGAAUUGCUUCAGUCGAACUGGAUCACUAUACCUCUAUCAGUAUGGAGUGAAUAAAUGGGUGCAUAUGUCCAGAAUCCGAGGCGGCAUUUGCACCGUUAAACCAUCAAAUCCACCCCAAGCUGUGAUCUAUAGAGCCAUCUAUUUGUUGGGAGAAGAAAAAGGAUUCGGAGAUUAUAACGUGGCUAGGAAUAACUGUGAGGAUUUCGCUUUGUAUUGCAAGACAGAGCUUAUGAUCGAUGGCAAGCUCGCUACUGGAGGCAGUGGUCAGGUGAAUUCCAUCCUUAAUGCACCAUGGAAGCCCGCUCUUGUUCAAAUGUUUCAAAAAGUUGUGUUUCGGACCCCUAUGACUCCACUUGAUGUAGCAGCCAUGGUUGGGCGGUAUACAUGGGACAGAUAUAAAACCGACAUUGGUGUUCGAGGUGAUGUUAUUAGGGUUCUUGUGGAAGAUGUUGGAGCGUUUAGGUUGGAGCGUGGCUACUAACAAACCUGUGGAAUGUAACUGGCACAUACUGUAAUCGAUAAGCUCAUGGUUUUUUUAUGUGGAUUGUUUACUUUAUGUAAGGACUUGGGAAUUAUUCCAAAAGUUGUAAUUUGAGACGGCUUUUUCGUUUUAUCAGUCGCUUUAUCGUUGUUUUUGU